AUGGAGCCCCGGCUCCUGCUCGGGGCGCUGCUGUGCGCCUGGCUGCCGUCGGCUUUGUCUCCAUGGGGCGCCUGGGCGCAGCUCCCUGCCGACGGGGAUGUGCCGCUCCGCAGCCGAGGCAGUACCGGGGGACCUCGGACAGGAGAGGGCCUCUCCGCGGCGAUGCAGGAGUCUGGAAUGGCAAUUUAUAACACCUCAUCUACUACAAUGUCCUUAUCUCGGACCAGGAGACUUCACAGUAUGAAAUGUGGACCAUCCAAUUCGUUUACAUGUUUUAAUGGAGGUGAGUGUGUCUACAGGGAGCUGUGCAACUGCAGUCGGUUUAAUGCAACUGGACCGAGAUGCCAGACAGUGUAUAACACAGGUGCUGAAAGAGAUCAUAUAUGCAGAACAUGGGGCCAGUAUAAUUUUGAAACUUUUGAUGGACUCUAUUAUUAUUUUUCUGGGAAAUCUUCAUACGCACUUGUGAGACAUGCUGAAGUAGAUGAACAGAGCUUCUCCAUACAGGUGAAUAAUGAUCCUGAAUGCCGUUCUUCUCCUUAUUCCUGCAAAAGGUCCAUUAGUUUAUUCUUUUCUGGAGAUGAACAGAUAAAGAUGAGCAGUGAAGUCACCUAUAAAGGCUUUGGAGUACGAUUACCUUAUAUUAUUGGAAACUUACACAUCCAGAAACUAGCUGGAUACUUCCUAGUCAGGCACCAGUAUGCCUUUACUCUGGCAUGGGAUGGUACAUCUGCAGUGUAUAUCAAAAUGGCACCAGAGUACUUGGGCAAAACACAUGGACUGUGUGGAAACAAUAAUGCUGUUCUGCAGGAUGACCUUGAAACUAGUUAUGGAAAACUGACAGAUGAUGUAACUGAAUUUGUAGAGAGUUGGCAGGAAAAUCCUCCACAAGGAACACCCAACUGGGAUAGAUCUCUUCUCAAUGAACCACCAUGCCUGACACAAACCCAUCAAUCUCUACAGAGGACAUAUGCUCUGUGUAAUAUCCUGUUACAUCCCCCAUUUAAACAAUGUCAUGAAUAUGUGAGUCCUCUUUCUUUUAUGGCAAGCUGCACAAAUGAUCUUUGCAUGUCAGCAGUUGAUAAUGCAACUUGGUGUCGAGCACUAACUGAAUAUGCCAGAGCAUGUGCCCAAGCAGGAAAGCCACUUCAUGGAUGGCGUGUGCACUUUGAGCAGUGUGUCAUUACCUGUGCUGAACCCUUGACCUACAAUGAAUGCAUCAACUGCUGUCCUGUUUCAUGUCAUCACCAAUCACAGUGCAUUGACAGUGAGCUUUCCUGUGUUGAUGGAUGCUACUGUCCAGAUGGCUUAAUUUAUGAAAAUGAAUUGUGUGUCAAACCUAUGGACUGUCCUUGUGACUACCAUGGAAGUUUCUUUGAAAUGGGUUCGGUGGUUUAUGAGGAAUGUAAUAACUGCACCUGCAUUGGAGGAAAGUGGAUCUGUACAAAUCUUACGUGUCCGGCUGAAUGCUCGGUUUCAGGGGACACUCAUUUCACGACCUUUGAUGGGCGCAAAUACACUUUCCAAGCUCCCUGCCAGUACAUUCUUGCCAAGAGCCGUACGUCUGGAGCAUUUACCGUAUCCUUGCAAAAUGCUCCUUGUGGACAGAACCAGGAUGGAUCAUGUAUCCAAUCAGUCAGCCUUAUUCUUAAGCAGGAUCCCAAGAGGCAAGUGACUCUGACUCAUUCAGGAGAUGUUUUGAUAUAUGACCAAUACAAAAUUAACCUACCUUAUGCAGAUGAAUUAUUUGAAAUACGGAAACUGUCCUCUGUAUUUCUGCAAGUAAAGACACACAUGGGAUUACAGAUCCUGUACGACAGAGAAGGACUGAGGCUUUACCUUCAAGUGGAUGAACGGUGGAAGGAAGAUACCACGGGCCUUUGUGGGACCUUCAAUGGGAAUACAGAGGAUGAUUUUUUAUCUCCAGUUGGAGUAACUGAAAGCACUCCAGAGCUGUUUGGAAACACGUGGAAGACUUCAUCGGCGUGCAUUGUUGUGCAUGAUAGUUCACAAAUGGAUCCCUGUGAUAUUCAUCUGCAGGCAGCCUCUUAUGCAGCGGAAGCUUGUAGCAUCCUUACGAAAGAUCUUUUUGCUCCAUGCUACCCCUAUUUGAGUCCUGUUCCCUAUUUUGAGCAGUGCAGAAGAGACACUUGCAAAUGUGGACAGACUUGUUUUUGCUCUGCUCUGGCCCAUUACGCUCAUCAUUGCCGAAGGUUCGGAGUUGUAAUAAAUUUCAGAGGAGCUGUCCCAGAGUGUGCUCUUUCAUGUGAAGAUACAAAGGAGUACAGUACUUGUGUAUCUACCUGUGGCAGAACCUGCCAAGCACUGUCUGUGCCAGAGACAUGCAGCAGUGAUUGUGUUGAAGGCUGUGCUUGUCCCUCUGGAAUGUAUUUGAACUCCAAGACUGAACGAUGUGUACAGAGAAAUGAAUGCCCAUGUUAUUUUCAAGGAAUUGACUAUCCCCCUGGAGAAAAUGUUAUGACAUCUUUAGGCAAAUGCCAUUGCAGUGAUGGAGUAAUGAAUUGUGAUAACAACAUAAUAGCACACAACUGCCCAGUUGGACAGAUUUAUAUUAACUGCACAAGUAAUCCACAAGUUGAUCCUGAACUCAGCAGAGAGAGAACUUGUGAAAAUCAGCUGCUAAAUCUCACUUUCUCAGCACACCUUCCUUGUGUGUCAGGUUGUGUCUGCCCACCAGGUCUUGUUAAACAUGGGGAAGUGUGCUUGGAUGCAGAUGAAUGUCCAUGUUCAUGGAAAGGAAAGGAAUAUUUUCCAGGUGACAAAGUAAUUUCUUCCUGUCAUACCUGCAUUUGCCAGCACGGAUCAUUUCAGUGCACCUUCCAUCCUUGCCCAUCGAUGUGUACUGCGUAUGGGGACCGGCAUUACAGAACGUUUGAUGGACUAACUUUUGACUUUGUUGGAACUUGUAAGGUUUACCUAGUUAAGGGUACUUCUUCAACCAGUCUUUCUGUUAUUAUAGAGAAUAUUGACUGCUUUAGUACUGGAAUCAUUUGCAGAAAAAACAUUUUCAUUAAUGUUGGAAAAUCUUUUUUAGUAUUUGAUGAUGAGACAGGAAAUCCAAGCUUAUCUAGUUACAUAGACCACGUACAAAAAAUGCAGUUAUGGAAAGCUGGAUUUUUCACCGUUGUUCAUUUUCCUGAUGAACAUAUCACCAUUCUUUGGGAUCAGAGAACAACAGUUCAUGUCCAGAUGGGUCAUCAGUGGCAGGGUGAAUUGACUGGAUUAUGUGGAAAUUUUGAUUUGAAGACAGUAAAUGAAUUGAGGACUCCAGAUAAUUUUGAAUUAACAAACUCUCAGGAGUUUGGAAACAGCUGGACAGCUGUAGAGUGUGUUGACAGCUCUGACAUUCGAAAUCCAUGCAGUUUGAAUCCCCUUAGAGAGCCAUUUGCCAAGAAGGAAUGUGGAAUAUUAUUAAGUGAAGCAUUUGAAGCUUGCCAUCCAGUGAUUGACGUCACCUGGUUUUAUUCCAACUGCUUGACAGAUACCUGUGGUUGUAACCAAGGAGGUGACUGUGAGUGUUUCUGUACAAGUGUAUCAGCAUAUGCCCAUCAGUGCUGCCAGCAUGGAGUUGCAGUGGACUGGAGGUCCCCUAGAGUGUGUCCAUAUGAUUGUGAAUAUUUCAACAAAGCUCUGGGAAAGGGCCCAUACAAGCUGGUCAGCUAUUUGGAUGGAAAAUUUCUGAUGGCAGUGAAAUCGAUGGAUGGUGUUGUUUUCCCAGUGAGAGAAGAAGAUACUCUUCCUGGACAUGCAGUGAGCUUUAUGAUGACUUCAGGACUUUAUAAACCCAAAGCACAUGAUUCCAACUUGAUUUCAUUUGAAACAGCUGAGAGACCAAACUAUUUUCUUCAGUUGGUCUCCAAUAAUACUCUUGUUCUUUCCAAAUGGAAAAAAACUGAAGAGUUUCACAACAGGUCUACAUUUGUCAUUCACAAGAAUACGUGGCUUUCAGGAUACAGUUCCUUUGAGUCAUUUGCAAAACCAGGAUAUUUCAUCCACAUUUCAGCCUCUUCAAUUGAGCUUUUGAAGUACCAUCAUUCAGAGGAAUUCAGACUGUCAACCCUUUUUAAACUUGUAGAUGUCAAAUUUAAAUUUCUGUCCCGUUCUACAUGUGAAUGGCAUUAUGAUGCCUGUACAAGCCCUUGUUUCAAGACAUGUAGAGACCCUUUUGGAAAAAACUGUCAGACAGUACCGAAAGUGGAAGGAUGUAUCCCUGCCUGCCCUCUCAAUAUGUUGCUGGAUGAAAUCACUCAAAGAUGCGUGUAUUUUGAAGAUUGCAUUGAACCUGCAGAUGAUAUUCCACCUUUGCCUCCCAGCAUUCAAACACCAGCAGUUCCACACAUAACAUCAAGUGCAAGUUUGGCAGCGAUCGGUGAAGCGUUAACUUCGUUUCCUGUACCUGGAGCAAAGGACGUGGAAACAACACUUACUACAAAAUUGCAGCUCACUGCAACUACAGGGAAAACUGAAUUUUCAGCUGUUACAUCUAGUACAACACUUCCAACAGUAACUUUGUCAUCAAACAUUUCAUCACAGUCAACAGAAAUGACAUCUGGGGGAAGCACUGCAGCAAUAUCUGGGACAACAAAAUCUAGUGUAAGCUUGUUUGCUUCUGUUGACACUUCUCCUGUGUUUCCAUCAGCUGUCAGUUCAGAAACUUCCACAAAGAUACAAGUGAUCAGUAGUGGUUCCACUAAACUAUUGAGGGCCACAGAACCUCAGACACUAACUGCUACACAUGCAGUGACUACAAGCACAGAAUCAGAAAGCAAACCAAUUGCUACUUCUGUUUUUACUGGGACACCACUCAUACUUAGAACAACAGAAAUGCCAGUCAAAACUAAAACAAUGGAAAUAUCAGAAAUAGCCAUAAAAACACGUCCCACAAAAGAAGCACAAGUAAAGCCAGAAGGAGUUAUAAGGUUUACACCCAGUUCAUUUGAAUCAAUAACAGAUAAAACUACUGCAUAUGUGCCACAGUUUUCCAGAUCACCACCUCUGGAUGUGCCUUCAUAUACAACACCAGUAAACUUAACAGGAACUUUGGAAGGGACAAAAAUCAGUGUAGAACAGUCUUUUAUCACAGUAACUAAUGUUACAGUAACAUCAGUUUCUCCUAUGCUCACUACUUCAUCUUUAUUAAAACCGGUGUCUUCAGCAACAGCUGUUUUGACCAAGCAAACUGUGAAGACAACAUUUUCACCAACAUCCAUGCCAUCUAUUUCAUUAGGAAAGACAACUAUGGAACCUCCUUUUGUAAUGGUUCAACACCUGACUGGUACUCCAGAUGUACCUUUCACUACAACUCUAGGUCCGAAGAAGACAACUCUACAAACUCAAGAGAGAUCAUCAGAAACAACUUUAUCAUUUGCAACUCAUAUAAAGGAAAUUCCCAAAACAACAUCUCAUGUGGAGCAUACAUCAAGUUCCUAUUUCCCUCCAUAUUCGCUACAGCCUAGUUCUACAACUGAAAAAUCUUUCACUCUUUCUACAAAAAGGCCUUCAGUGUCUGUUCCUACUCCUGCUUCUCCAGCUUCAGGUGAAUUUAAAAAAACAUUUAAAACCGUUUCGACUACAGGUUACCCCUCAUACACAGUUCUAAAUACAACACAAUUCCUGACUACCUUAUACACGAAGUAUCCUGUUGUGGCUGAGACUAUCAGAGUGACACCUUUGUCUGUUAAGGAGACAUCCAGAAUAACAUCCCCUCCUGAAUUAGCAGCAAAGACAGCUUUGUUUUCUGGAAAAGCAUCUACUGAAUACAAGUCAACUCUGGUUUCAAGUACAACGAAGACAAGCACUUCAGCAUAUUCAGGUGGUGUUACCACAUCAGAAAUGAAAACCAAAGAAACCACCACAGUUCCUUUUGUAGCUACAGAAAGAGAAUCAUCUCAAAGAACAUCCAUCACUGGAUCUCCACUUACUCUCCUUAGUGAGACUAAAACCACAUUGUUGACGACACAGCAAGUGGAAAGUAUUACUACCAUCUCUACUAGAAAGCCAUCUGCCUUGACUUUUUCACCAUCAAGUUCUCUAAUCCCUUUAAACAUUUCUCUUCCUUCACUAUCCUCAGAUGGAAAAGAAGUAUCACUGACAACUCUCAGUUCCAUGCAUACAUCCCAUGAAACAGUCUCUUUAUACCCAAGAACAACUAUAGAAAAAUCUAUGUUAACGACAGAAAAGACCUCUCCAGUCCAGACUUUCUCUAUUUUAUCCACUAUAACAGAACAAUCAAGUCUAGUAACAACGGAAUCAUAUGAAAAAUCACCAGGCAAAGCCAUUUUGAAUAUCACUAAUGGCACAAUCUCCCCAUCCUCUGAAUUUAGCAGCCAGCUCAUAAGAACCACAAAAGUAAUGACAAGCAAAGAAAAACCCUCUCUGUCCCCUUCUGUUGUACUUCCAGUAACAAAAUCUUCUUACACCUUCUCUGCCUCUCAGUAUCUGGGAGAUAAAUUAGUUUCUUCACCUUCUUUAACACAGCGGAUACCAGAAGUAACAACCACACCAAAAUAUUCAAUAGAAACUAAAACAGUUUCUGCAGCACUGAAACCUACAGUCCAAAGUCUAACAGAUACAGUGAAACUUACAGCAGCUACAGCUCAGCCAUCCCUGCCUCCAUCUUCAGCAGGCCCCUUCUCUCGGCAGACAUCUUCAGGACAUCAACUUUCAGUACAGACCACAAAGACCAUGGUUAUACCACAUUUUUCUACUCAGAAGAUUAUGGAACCUGAUCAUCGGACUUAUGAACCUUCCCUGAUGAGCCAAAGCAUUACCCCAGCUUACCAGUAUCCUGCAGAAACACUAACAAAAUCCACCGGUCAGCCACAGCGUGUCUUUAGCACAACUGAAGCUACAGCAAAACUGCCUUCCUUAUACCCCUUGAUGACCUCGCUACCAGAAGGCAUUCAUUCAAGUAUAUUGCCUUCCUCAGUAGGUCCUACAAAAGUUAUUUUACCAACUGAAAAAUAUUUGCGUUUAACUGAUUCGGUCACGCAGCCGCAGGUAUUAAGAACUUCUGUUUUGCAGUCUACAGUCCCAACUAGAACAACAGCUGACUUUAUUUUUGGCACCAAAAUUCCCUCUUUCUCACCAAAAGUGCUUGCAGCUUCCUCCUCUUUAACAACAAUUAAAAAGGAGCCAUUUCCUUCAUUUUCCACACAAAAGGCAGCUACAGAUCUAAAAUUCACACACCAGGCCUCGUUUUCUGAAUCACUUGAUUCAAGACAAACACUUGAAACAACCUCAUCUUCACCAGGUCCUAAGUCAGCCUCUUCAGUGGUUUUGUUACCAAAAAGAACAGAAAUUCCCAUUGUGAUGGGGGGUGGGCCAUCCACAUUAACAAGCAAAAGCGAUACAGAGAAAACUGCGGUGUUGUCUAAGCAGGUCACGCCUUCAGCCACCACCUUCAGUUCCACGUUUGUAGCAAGUACAGCUGCAGCUUCAGCCUCUUCAAUGAUAAGCAGUGCUGGGCAAAAUCUUAGUAUUGCAUCAGCAACUUUAGGCAAAGCAGAAGCGGUCACAGAACCCAUCACAAGUGCUGUGAAGCCCACUUCUCUUACUUCAGAAGCAAAAGGAACUGUGCCCCUUGACACAGUAAAAUCUGAAGAGCCACAACUACCAACACAAGUCCAACCUGUUCUUACUCAGGGUGUUACUGUUACCCCAGAAACACCUCAGACAUUUUACUCUCCAUAUUUCACGAACAAAACUUCAGUUCUCUCCACUAUACAUUCAUCUUCUGAAUCAAAACCAUUUUCUUCUGCAGCUGCAUCAUCAGUCAGUACUACUCAAAGUUCAAAACCUGAAAUAUCAUCUGAGAUGCAAACACCUUCUGUGAGUUCACUGCUAAUGAUACCUGGUCAUCCAAAUGACACAACAGCUCCAUCAGUUUCCUCGUUUGCCUAUUUAUCUACCAAACUACUUCAUGACUUGACUACAACACUUUCUGAUGGACUGGCAACAGCUGAAGCCGUGUCAGGAGUCACAGCAUCACCUUUUAUGGUGCCUCAAGAAACAGCAACUCUUCAAACUUGUACACCAAUCACAGAGAACGAGUGCAUAAAACACAUUUGCUUGGAUGGACAACUGAUCCAAAUUAAUAAGUCCCAGAACUGCCCAUACAAUGCAACUCAACCCAGCUGUGGAGUUUUAGGAUUUGCUACUCAAAUGAAUGGUGACAAAUGCUGCCCAAAGUGGGAAUGUGCAUGUCGUUGCACCAUUUUCUCUGAUCUGAGCAUUGUAACCUAUGAUGGAAAUCAUUUGGCUUUAUUCAAAGAAGCAUCCUACAUUGUUAGUCAAACUCAAGAUGAAACUAUAACCAUCCGUGUCCUUGACUGUAGAAUGAGUAAUUCAAAUUCAACUUCUUUGUGCCUGGCAACGUUGAAUCUAACCUAUGUAUCAAACCAAAUUAUUAUCAAUCGUUUAAGUAGAAAAGUAACAGUAAAUUCAAGAUCUGCUUGGCCUACUGUUAGAAAAUAUGGAUACAAAGUUGAAGAUUCAGGCUUCAAGUAUGCGGUUGAGACCCCAUCAAAAAUCAGAAUUCAGUGGUUUCACAACACAGGUGUGAUGAUUAUUGAGUUUAAUAGUAGCAGAGAACCAAGCACUUUGGGACUGUGUGGGUUUUGUGACAGAACCUUGGAAAAUGACUUGAUGCUACCCAACAGGACAGUUUUAAGCAAAAGCAGUUCACCAUCGACUUUUAUAGACAGCUGGCAAGUGCCAGACACCUUAAAGUAUGCUGGAGAAGACAGGCAUCAGGAAACUAAUUGCUCACUCACAGACUGCUCAGAGUGCUUAAGAAUGGUGUUGAACCAGACCUUCAGCAGCUGUCAUCCUUAUGUUCCACCUGAGCUGUUCUGUGAUAUAUGGGUUCAGGACACUGAGUACAUUCGAAAUCCAUGCAUUUCCCUAGCUGCCUAUGUGGCAAUGUGCAACAAAUUUAAUAUUUGUAUAGAAUGGAGGAGCUCUGAUUACUGCCCCUUCCCCUGCUCUGAAAACUUCUCCUAUCAGCCUUGUAUAGCUGCCUGUGAGGUUCCAGAUAGUUGUCAGAAUAAUGAGGUUGCUUCUCUGGAUUCAGACUCCUGCUCAGUGUUGACAGAAGGCUGUGUCUGUGCUGGAGGGACCAUCCUUCACCGAAUUCAUACUGCUGUCUGUAUUCCUGAAGAAAAAUGUGCUUGUACAGACAGCUCAGGAACACCUCACGCAGUGGGUGAGAUCUGGAACACUUCUUUGAGCGGAUGCUGUAUGCAAAAAUGUGUUGACAGUGAGACUAUUAUUCCAGUGGAGUACAACUGUUCAGAUACCCACGAUUUAGACUGUCAGCGAUUUGCAGAAGUGACCUUGCAUGUUCCUGGUGAUCAGACAUGUUGUCCUCAGAAGAUCUGUAUUUGUAAUCAGAGUCUCUGUGAACACCUAAUCCCUGAGUGUAAUGCCUUGGAAAAGUUAGUCACUUACUACAGUGAAGAAUCCUGUUGUCCCAGCUACGUUUGUGAAUGUGAUCCAGAAAAAUGUGAACCAAUGGAGGAGAUACCAAGCUGCCAGGAUGAUCAGACACUAAUUGCUGCUCGGGUGGAGAACACCUGCUGCAUUUCCUAUAUAUGUGCAUGCCCGGCUUGCUCCGAUCAAAUACCCAAAUGUCAAGAAGGAGAAGUUCUUAUUGUGGAUGGCAACACUACUGACAGGUGUUGCCCUAUGUACCAAUGUAUUUGUGAAAUACAUCGUUGUCCUGAAUUCAAGUGUAUGCUGGGCAUGUCUUUGGUGGAGGUGUGGAGCCCAGAGAAGUGCUGCCCCUUUCGGACAUGUGAAUGCGCAUGUGAAACAAUCCCCAAACCUCAGUGCCAACUGGGGCAGAAACUUCAGAUAGAUGAACAGUUUCAGAACAGCACAGAAAAUAUUUGUAACUGUGUGAAGUACAAAUGUGUGAGAGACAAAGUUUGCCUGAGUAAUGAGAGAGGUGUGCUGCUUCCUGGACAGAGAAUCGUGGAACACAGUGCAGAUGGCAUUUGCCGUAUUUCUUAUUGUACAAAUGUGAUUGAUCCCUCCACUAAAUACUACCAAAUAAACACAUCUUUGAUAGACUGUGCCGUCAAGUGCAAAGCUAACCAAGUCUAUCAGCCUCCAAAAGAUUUAACAACUUGCUGUGGUAGCUGCAAGAACUUGUCUUGUCUCCACACUUUCAGCAAUGGCACAGUUUCCAAUUUUAAGCCUGGUGCUGUUUGGAUUUCAAACUGCAUCAGAUAUGAAUGCACUAACACAGCAAUAGGACCAGUUCUGGUUUCCUCUGCAGUUGGCUGCCCACCCUUUAAUGAAACUGAAUGUGUGAAGGUUGGAGGCUACGUUGUGCCAUUCUUAGAAGGAUGCUGCAAAACAUGUAAGGAAGAUGGAAAAUUCUGUAAGAAGGUGACUGUUAGGAUGACUAUCCGCAAGAACGACUGCAGGAGUAACACACCAGUGAACAUUGUUUCAUGCGACGGGAAGUGCCCUUCUGCAAGCAUUUACAACUACAACAUCAACACGUAUGCAAGGUUCUGCAAAUGCUGCAGGGAGCUCGGGCUGCAGAGACGGACUGUGCAAUUGUACUGCACCAGUAACUCAACCUGGGUCAGCUAUUCAAUCCAAGAGCCCACAGAUUGUUCUUGCCAAUGGUCUUAAAAAAAAAAAACAAAACACAUAAAAGGAAAGAAAACAGCAAGCCCAGCUGUUCCCAGCAUAAGAUGAUUUUAAUAGUUUAUCUCUUAAAAAUAAAAUAGCCAAUCCACUGAAUUUCACCAGUUUAAUGCAAAAGAGAGCACAAAUACUUUUGGACUCUCCUAAAUUCUGGAAAAAUGGUUUUGCAUCUUUUGUGUUGUGAUUUGUCUUCAUUUUCAUUCACAGGGAUUGUUUUAAGGGUUCUUGUGAUAUGUGCCAACUUAAAAGGUGAUUUACGUUAGUGACACCUCAAGAGAAAGAGCGCCACCUGUUUUGUUCUGGAAGGCUGGCCCACCCUUUGUCAGGCACCCAUUCCUGUUUUAAAUCAUUGACAACUUAUCUGACAGUAGGUCACUAUUUUGAACGCAUUGCAAUUGUGCAAAUACAUUCAGAGUCUAUAAAAAAAAAUUGUUUGGACAAUACGAGAAGAAUUUUCAGUUUAAAUCAUAUUCCUGUUGCUAAGUAGAGCAUGUAUAAGAAAUUCAUGUAAAGAUUUUUAUUUUUUUUUUUUUAAUCUGGGAAGCGUUAUCAACACUGAUAACCAUGUAAUAUUCCCUGGUAAUAAUUUCAUUUUUUUCUAGUGUAUUUUAUAUUGCAGUGAAAAGCAUUAUGGCAAGCAUUUUAUGGAACAGAUCGGCUGAUUUUAGGUUAUCUAGAUUAGUCAUUAGUAGUUACUUUAUUUUUCUGCUAAACAAUAUGACAUAAACUGAAAAUGCACAGAUUUAAAAAAUGAAAACCAUUUUACAUUCCUUUAUAUAGAUAUACCUUAAAUGAAAACUUUCAGCUUAUGAAAUGAACCAUACUUAAAUUGUUUCUUUAGGAGACUGAACGUUGUUUAACACUAACUUUAAAGAUAUGAAAAUUCAUUAGGAAAAAGAAAAUGAGGAUUAUGUAUCUGUCUCAAAGAAAAACAAAAUUCAAAAUCUUUGUCACCUAUAUAGUAGAAUGUAACUUCUUAUGGCAAGUGCUUGAAACUGAAAAUGUACAAUUGUAAGGUUUGAAAUUUCAAAAGCAAUUUUGCUUAUGAAUUUCAAAUAUUAACAUUAUUUUUUCUCCUCUAAGCUAAUGUUAUUGUUCUGUUCUUUUUCAAAAAAUGCCACUGAGAUUCAGCAAAAAUUCAAUAGCUUUCAUUUUGUAGAUUAAAACUGUAGAUAGCAUGCAGUGAUGCACCUGAGAUCUUUUAGUAGAAAAUAGAUCUCAGCAUGACGUCUUUAAAAGCUGCUUCUCUGCAGUUAAUCCAAAGAAAAAUCAAUCAUGUGAACAUUUUUGAUAUUAAUUUUGUAUACUGUACAUUUCAUUCUUACAAUAUCUAAUAAACAACAGGAAGUCUUA